AUGGCGCAAGUUCCGAUUCAGACCCUUCAUAGGGAUCCUCAGUUAUUCUACUGGAUCCUUAUCCCCAUUACCAUCGUGAUGGUCCUUACUGGUGUUUUACGUCACUAUGCAUCGGUUCUUAUGGCAUCUGCGCCUAAAAAGCAGGACGAAAAGACCAUGCGCGAACAGCGCUCUCUUGCUCGCGGUGUAGCUCUUCGUUCCAACCACUAUGUCCUCUCUCAGAAGGCUUUCGAGUCCCGACGUGAUAUUCUUACGACCAAUUACGACGCUGGAACAUAUCUCAAGGAGCCCGACCGCAAGGGACAACCUCCUGCCAACCCCUUGUCCGACCCUAGCGCUAUGGACGGCAUGAUGGGCAUGAUGAAGAACAACAUGGCCAUGAUUAUUCCCAACACUCUCAUCAUGAGCUGGAUUAACGCUUUCUUCAGUGGUUAUGUCAUCAUGAAACUGCCUUUCCCAAUCACCAUCAAGUUCAAGAGUAUGCUCCAGGCUGGAGUUCAGACCAGAGAGAUGGAUCCCCGAUGGAUGUCUAGCAUUAGCUGGUACUUCCUCUGCAUUUUUGGUCUUCAGUUUGUUUAUGUCUUCCUCCUUGGUAGCGAUAAUGCUGCUAGCCAAGUUGCCCAGCAAAUGCAGGCCCAGCAGAUGCCCAACCCCAUGAUGGGUGGCCCUGGCCAGGACCCUCACAAGCAGUUCGUUGCUGAGAUUGAGAACUUGAAUGUUGUUGAGCAUUACUCUGUUUUGGACAACGUCGAGGAACGUCUUUUGGCGGGUAUCAAAUCGUAG